ACCUAAAAAAAAUGAACCAAUCCCAAACUUUUGAAUGAUAGUGUAUUUACAACUAGAAUGGUUUCAAAGAAAAAGUCAUUCUCAAAAUUGAUAGUACUAACACGUAGAUAAAAUAUGUUCAUUUUGUCUUCAUUGUCCUGUGCCAUGAUGUCACUGUUUUAGCGUUCUGUUUGUAGUGUCGGCUGCUGGACAGUUGGGGGCAGCAGGCAGGUAUGAGCCACUGGAACAUGCAGAGAUGCAAUCUGGAAAUAAUUUUCACAGAUUCGAGCUGCACGUUGAAAAAAAUGAAUGCCUCGCACUUCCUGCUUCAUCACAGCACGAUUCCACAGAAUGAUGGGGGAGAAUCAGAGGAAGAAGCUGGAGGCUGUCAGCUACUCUUCACGCUACGCACUUGGACUCUUCUACAAAGCCGACGCACGAAUCGACGUCCCUUGGGCGGCCAAGUACGUCUCCAAUAAUCCCUGCAUUCGCUUCAUCGCCAUAGAUGAUAAAAAACGCAAUUUAGCAUCGAAGGACUGCGGACCUUCUGUGGUGGUCCACACCAGUGUGCCCUUUGGCAUCCAGCACCUGGAGGAGGAAAAGAAUGUGGUACAGCCCAUCAUCCUGAAAGAGCUGGAAAAGGUGAUGCCAGAGCUUCCUGAACCUGACAGCAUCAAGUGUCAGAAAUGGAGGUACUCACAGGUGACCAGAUCGGUGGCUGAUUGCCCUGGGCAGAUGACACUGCUCUCCCAGCCUCUGCUGGUGUGUGGUGGGGACAGCUUUACACACUCCAAUUUCGACGGCUGCAUCGAGUCUGCCCUGAAGGUCUUUGAUGUUCUGAAGUCUUCUCUCUAAAAGGGGGGUGGGAAAGUGCGCCUUUAUUUUUGUUUUUUUGUUAUGGAGGAUGGAACACUGAUUUAGAUUUAAGCCCCUCCCUGCAGGAAGAUGGAUGUACUGCACAAAGAACAGUAGAUCUGUCUGCCCUGUGUCUGCAGACAUGCAUUUUGUUACAAUAACCAAUUAUACCGUCUGUGCCGGAUGCUGAGGAUUAGAGGACAACAGAGCACUGCGCAGGUUCAGUUGUGAUGAAGGCUAGUGCCUCAUACUGGCUUAGACACAGUAUCUUGGACUACGGUUUUCUGAUGUGUAGCAAACAUUAUGUAUGCGUUCAGGUAUUCUCAACCUUCCCCUGUGAUUUAGUUUCAGAUUAAUAAAGUUAUUAAAACAUU